UAAGACAGUAACUGAGGCAAGACGCUCGCGCCAUGUUUUACCUAUUGGCCCUUUUUGCAGGUCUCAAUAAGCUGCUUAUAUUGGGGCUUGAUUUUCAGCAGUCAUUCGUAGAGAUCACAGUUCCAGAGGAGAUCCUAUCAAAUUCAAGUGAUUCAGAUUUGGAAUAUGAAGGGAUUUCAUAUACUAUUUCAAUAGAAGGGAGACUGUAUACUUUACACCUCACAAAAAGAUUGUUUUUACCAGAUGAUUUUGUUGUCUAUAUGUACAAUCGGGAAGGUGCUUUGUAUUCUAGUUCCAAAAGUACAAUGAAAUAUUGUAACUACCAAGGAUAUGUUGCAGGUUUUCCAAAUUCGGUUGUCACACUCCAUGCCUGUUCUGGACUCAGAGGAUUACUGCAAUUUCAAAAUGUUACUUAUGGAAUUGAGCCCCUUGGGUCUGCAGGUGGAUUUCAGCAUCUUAUUUAUCGAUUAAAAAGUGAAAACACAGAUCUUGCUGUUUUAGCAGAAAAUAAUACACAUUUGGAAUCGGAGGACCUGGAGUAUAGAAUUGAGGCUAGUGGUGAAAUAAGAUCAUUUGGUCCAAAGCUAUCACCUCAGUAUGUGGAAAUUCAUAUUGUCUUGGACAAAGGUUUGUUUGAUUACAUGGGCUCUGACAUUGAGGCUGUAACAAAUAAAGUCAUCCAGAUUCUUGGUCUUAUAAAUGCAAUGUUUACCCAAUUUAAAAUGACAGUUGUGUUGUCAUCUUUGGAAUUGUGGACAUAUAAAAAUAAGAUUUCCACAACUGGGGAGCCAGAUGAAAUAUUACAAAGGUUUUUAGAAUGGAAAAAUUCUUACCUGGUUCUGCGGCCUUAUGACAUGGCAUAUUUAUUUGUUUAUAGGGAACAUUCCACUUCUAUAGGAGCAACUUUUCCUGGAAAGAUGUGCAUUCUUCAUUAUGCUGCAGGAAUUGUUUUGUAUCCCAAAGGAAUAACUGUGGAGGCGUUUUCUGUUAUUAUUGCACAGUUGCUGGGACUUAGUCUGGGAAUAAGAUAUGAUGACAAGAAAUGCCACUGUUUGCAAUCUACCUGCAUCAUGAGCCCAGAAGCAGUGCUCUCCAGUGGAAUUAAGGUGUUUAGUCGCUGCAGCUUGAGUGACCUUCACAAUUUCAUUUCAAAGACGGGAGCUAAAUGUCUUAAAAAUCAACCAACUCUUAAAUAUUUUUAUGCUGAGAGUUAUGGAUCCUGUGGGAAUUAUGUAGUAUCUGAAUAUGAAGAGUGUGACUGUGGCCCUCCAUCGGUAUGUGGAUUUUCAAAAUGCUGUAAUCCAAGUUACUGCAGAAGAAAUUAUUUUGCACACUGUAUUUCUGGAAUUUGCUGCCAGCCAGACUGUAAGUUUAAUAGAGGGAAUUUAUGUAGACCUGCAUAUGAUGAACUUUGUGAUUUUCCUGAGAAAUGUAAUGGCAGUUCUACAGAAUGCCCAAAGGAUUUAAAGGCCAGGGAUGGAAGUUUAUGUGCUGAUGGUACGAGUUUAUGUUUUGGUGGAAUGUGCCAGAACCCUGAUAUCCGAUGUCAGCGUUUAUAUGGAAGAGAUUCCAGGAAUGGUCCCUUUGCUUGCUAUGAAGAAAUCAAUAGUCAGCAAGACAGGUUUGGGAAUUGUGGCCGGCAAGGAGAAUAUAGAUUUAAAUUCUGUAACUGGAGGAAUCUUCUUUGUGGCAAGUUAAUUUGUACAUAUCCAUAUCGAAAACCAUAUGUUCGAGAAAAUGUUGCUGUGAUAUAUAGUUUUGUGCUAAACACUGUAUGUAUAAGUUUAGAUCACAAGUUUAAGCUAAAUACUCCAGAUCCAAUGUUGAUAGGAAAUGGAAGUCCAUGUGAUGUGAAAAAGUUUUGUUUUAAUUCUGAGUGUGUAUAUUUGAAUAGACUCGUAGGUGAAGCAGCUGCUUGUGCAGAGACGCAAUGCAGUGGUCAUGGAGCAUGCACUAAUGAAGUUGAUCUAUGCAUGUGCCAUUUAGGAUAUUUCUACUCAAAUUGCAGUGCAAGGAGAAGUAGAAUUAUUAAAGAUUUUGUAAAGUGGAUAAGAGAACAUGUCCUGUAUGACUAUAGAGCUGCUGAGCAUCCUAAGAAGAACUGGCUGCUUAUAAGUUUUUACAUUUCUCUACCUAUUUUUUUCAUUAUAACCAUAAUAAUUCUCAAAUGGAAAUCUCUGAAAGAAUGCUUAUUGCCGGAGGAAUCUCCAAUUACUGAGUCUGGAUCAGAAAGUACAUAUUCGUAUAGCAGUAGCAGUGAACAUAGUACCUAAGAUGCCAAAAGUAAAAGUCUGGAGAAAAUAAAUUACAAUUCACUGCAUCAGAAAUCAGACUAAUAGAACUCUCACAGGAAAAAUAUUCUACUCUCACAUUCCCCCUUUUCCUUGCCAAUCGAUGGUUUGCCACUUUUGAGGAUAUUAAUAUUUUUUAGAGUA